AUGGCCCAUACAGUGGCCUCCCUCCACCUUGACCCUUUGGACCCGAGGCUGCACUGCGCCAGCGUGCAAGAGACGCGAGUCAGGGCUGAGCAGAGGGCUGCAGAGACCCACACCCACACCCCACAGCAGUCGUCACCCAGGAGGCUUCAACGUCCCAGUGGGGCCAGGCCGGGGGAAAAGCAAGUCUUAAAUCCAGCAGAGGAGAGCGAGGCGUUCCUGCAGUUGGCCAAACUGUGCCAGGACCCCACCCUGGUUGGCGUGAAGCUAUUGGAUAAAAUUCCAUCUGUCCCUCACGGGGAGCUUGCCUGCACUACAGAGCUCCUGAUCCUCGCCCAUAAUUGCUUCAGCCUCACGUGUCAUCUGGAAGGGAUUAUUCGCGUUCUCCAAGCUGCCCGAACGCUCACGGACGAACACUUAGCACCCAGCGAAGAAUACGGCCUUGUUCGACUUCUCACUGGCAUCGGCAGGUACAACGAGAUGACCUACAUCUUUGACUUGCUGCAUGAGAAGCACCACUUUGAGGUGCUAAUGAGAAAGAAGUUGCACCCGAGCGGGACCCUCAAGACAGCGCUGCUGGACUACAUCAAGCACUGCCGCCCAGGAGACAGCGAGAAGCACAACAUGAUCGCCCUCUGCUUCAGCAUGUGCCGGGAGAUUGGGGAGAACCACGAGGCGGCAGCCAAUGUCCAGCUGAAGCUCAUUGAAUCCCAGCCUUGGGAGGAGUGCCUUCAGAACACAGCCCUUUUCACGUGCAGUGACUGCAGCUGCUUCCUCCUUGCUUACCUGACUCCUUUCUCUUCAUCCUUCCUCUUUGAGGACUUCUGUGUGCGUCAGUCCUUGCGCUGCAAGAGGCUGACAAAGCUCAUUACGCUGCAGCUCCACUUCCUGAACACCAACCCCAAAACCAAGCUGAUCAACCUGAGCCAGAAGAGCCUGCUGGAAUGUGCCAUGUCCCUGCCCAGGUUCUACCCGGCGGCAGUCGUGGCUGAGGCCUAUGACUUCGUUCCGGACUGGGCUGAAGUCCUGUAUCAGCAAGUGAUUGUAAAGGAGGACUUCAGCUACCUGGAGGAGUGCAAGCAGCGUGGCCUGCUCAAGGCGAGCACCUUUGAGGAAAUGGCCCAGGAGUAAGUCCUCUGCAACCAAGUGAACCAUUUGAAGCCCAAUUCUCCAGUGGGGAGACUUCUCCCAAAUCAGGUUUUCUGUAUCAUUGGGAUACUGGCUUCAUGUCUUCAAGUCCUUCAGAGUACGUACUGAAAGGGGGUAGAUCUCAUUCUUUCGGCACUAGGUUGAAC